AUGGAGGAGAUUAAAAAGAAGCUGACAGAAGUUCAAAAUGAAAACCAGGCGCUGAAAGCAAAUAACCAGGCCUUGAACAAUGAAGUUGUGGGACUGCGGGAGAGGAUGCGAAACCUAGAGCAAUACAUCAGGUCGAGGGGUGAAAAUAUCACAGAUCUGCUGACGGAUGUGGGAGCAGCGCUUGGUGUGGAGGUGAAGGAGACGGAUGUGGCCGCUGCGCACCGGGUACCCUCCUACAGAACCGACCGGGAGCCCUCCGUCAUCGUCCAGUUCACGGCCAGGAAGAUCAAGGAGCGGUGGAUGGCAGGGUUUCGGCAGAGGAAGAGUCUGACGGCUCGAGACAUCAACCAGCACUUUCCAGUUCAACGUGUGUUUGUCAACGACCAUCUCUCGCCGGAAAACAAGCAGUUCCUCUCCAAACUGAAGCAGAAGGGCCGAGAACUCGACUACAAGUUCAUCUGGUGCCGAGACGGAAAAUUUUUCGCCAGGAAAGCCGAGGGUCAGCCAGUGAAGAAGAUCAACUCCUAUGAGGACAUGGACAGACUCAGUUAA